GCAAUGGACAGGCAGCAGAUCCAGAUAAGUGACGAAGAGCCUGAAGUCCUGUGUGAACAGAUCCGAAGGAGAAGAAGAAAGAAGGCCAUCACCUCAUCCUCCAGCACCUCCAUGGAUCAGAUCACUGUUGAGUUCGUCCUGCCCACUGCGACGUGGGGUGGAAACAGCCCUGACACUCUACAACUGGAGGUGGCUGGAAACUGGACUGUGGAACAGGUGAAAGCUCAGGUGUGGCUGAAAGCGGUGACUUUAAACCUCUGUCCUGACUUCUACCAGCGAUUUUCUCCUGACCACUGCAUCCUGCUCUACCAGAAGAAAGGCAAUGUAUGUGAGAUCUAUGACAAGCACCAGGUCUUCCAGACACUUGACUGCAUUCACUACUGGAGAGCCCUGAAGAAAGAUAUGGGAAGGAUCCAGCUGGUUCCCCGUUCCCAGCCCUCAGACGAGUCCUUGCAGUACCAGCGUUACUUAAAUUACCUGAUUGGCUAUGAUGUGACUGAUGUCAGCAAUGUGCAUGAUGAUGAGCUGGAGUUCACUCGCAGGAAACUGCUGACGCCGCGGCGCAUUGAGCUGUCAGACCGUGACCCAAAACUUUACUCCAUGGAUCCCUGGGUGACCCGCAAACCUCUGCCUGAGCAUUUGCUUAGCAAGGUAAGUAAUGGUCACAUCCUGGUGGUGAUCCACAUCAGCACAGCCAGUCAGACAAUCAAGGUCUCCAUCGAUGACACACCAGCACAGGUAUUGACUAGCUUUUUCACCAAGACAGCAAAUAAAAGAGCUUUGCUUGGCAAGGCAGACUAUGUGCUACGUGUCUGUGGAAGGGAGGAGUACCUGUAUGGGGAUAAAGCACUGCAGAACUUUAAUUGGAUCCGUCAGUGUCUGAAGAAUGACCUAGAGAUUCACCUGGUUCUGGAGACACCACCUGAUCCUGAUUUGGAUCUGGUACAGAAGGAGGACUGGGCCCAAGUGGAUGACUGCACUGGAGUUGCAGGUACCCAUGAGCAAUUGACCAUCGAUGAGAAUGACCAUGAACGAGUGUUCACCAUCUCUAUGUGGGACUGUAACAGGAAGUUCAGAGUGAAGGUGCUGGGUAUCGACAUUCCAUCCCUGCCCAAAAUCCCAGAGUUUAUUGUCUUCAUAGAGGCCAGCAUCUUCCAUGGCCAGCAGCUUUUAGCCCAGGAGAGAACAACCUCUAAAACCUUCAGUGAAGAAGUACUGUGGAACUGCUGGUUGGAGUUUAACAUUAAAAUUAAGGACCUGCCUAAGGGGGCACGCCUCAACCUCCAGGUGGUAUGCGGGAAGCAACCUCAGAUACCAAACUCCAAGGGAAGCUCCUACCAAGACAAUACAGCAGGAGGAUGCAGCCAUGAUGGGAAAACCAAGAGUCGCCUCUUGUACUAUGUCAACCUCCUCUUGAUUGACCAUCGCUCACUGCUCCGCCAGGGGGAGUUCAUCCUCCACAUGUGGAAAAUGCCCGAGAAGAGCGAGGAGAGCAGCAGCAGCAUCAAUUUCCUGACAACAUGUGUGAGGCAGACUAUGUGCUACGUGUCUGUGGAAGGUAUGGAGGAGUACCUGUAUGGGGAUAAAGCACUGCAGAACUUUAAUUGGAUCCGUCAGUGUCUGAAGAAUGACCUAGAGAUUCACCUGGUUCUGGAGACACCACCUGAUCCUGAUUUGGAUCUGGUACAGAAGGAGGACUGGGCCCAAGUGGAUGACUGCACUGGAGUUGCAGGUACCCAUGAGCAAUUGACCAUCGAUGAGAAUGACCAUGAACGAGUGUUCACCAUCUCUAUGUGGGACUGUAACAGGAAGUUCAGAGUGAAGGUGCUGGGUAUCGACAUUCCAUCCCUGCCCAAAAUCCCAGAGUUUAUUGUCUUCAUAGAGGCCAGCAUCUUCCAUGGCCAGCAGCUUUUAGCCCAGGAGAGAACAACCUCUAAAACCUUCAGUGAAGAAGUACUGUGGAACUGCUGGUUGGAGUUUAACAUUAAAAUUAAGGACCUGCCUAAGGGGGCACGCCUCAACCUCCAGGUGGUAUGCGGGAAGCAACCUCAGAUACCAAACUCCAAGGGAAGCUCCUACCAAGACAAUACAGCAGGAGGAUGCAGCCAUGAUGGAAAAACCAAGAGUCGCCUCUUGUACUAUGUCAACCUCCUCUUGAUUGACCAUCGCUCACUGCUCCGCCAGGGGGAGUUCAUCCUCCACAUGUGGAAAAUGCCCGAGAAGAGCGAGGAGAGCAGCAGCAGCAUCAAUGCAGACAAGCUCACCUCAGCCACCAACCCAGACAAAGCAUCUUCCAUGGCCAUUGCCAUUUUACUGGAUAAGUACUGCUAUCCUGUGGUGCUGCCCAAGAGCCGGGAUGUAGGUCGGGACGUCAGAGCUAGUGGUGAGGAAUCUGAAGGAGGGGAGCGAGGUCAGAGAGAGAUGCCAAACCACCUGAAAAAACAGUUUGAGGCUAUUGUGGCUACUGACCCCCUGCAUCCACUCAGCCCUGAGGACAAAGAGCUGCUCUGGCAUUUCAGACAUGAGUGUAUGCGUAACCCCAGGGCCUACCCAAAGCUCCUAGGGUCAGUCAAAUGGGGAAAACAGGAAGAUGUUUUGGCAACACACCGUUUGUUGGAGCGCAGCAGUGCAUGGGACAGCAGUGGUCUUGAUGUUGGUCUGGCAAUGCAGCUGCUGGACUGUCACUACUCGGACACUCAGGUUCGCUCAAUGGCUGUCAGGAAGCUGGAGACUCUGGAAGACGAUGAUGUGCUCAGAUACCUUCUGCAGCUUGUACAGGCAGUCAAGUUUGAGCCCUAUCAUGACAGCGCUCUGGUGAGGUUCCUGCUGNNNNUGUCUUUACAGAGUAAGCGCAUAGGUCAUUUCCUCUUCUGGUUCCUGCGCAGUGAGAUUGCCCAGUCAAUGCAUUACCAGCAGAGGUAUGCUGUGCUUCUGGAGGCCUACCUGAGAGGCUGUGGUGAAGCCAUGCUGCAGGACUAUAGGAAACAGGUGGAUGUGACUGAGGCGCUGCAGCAAGUCACCCGUGAAAUCAAGGCCAUGUCCGCUGACAAAUAUGAUGUCACUGCACAAGUGGUGUUUCAGCUGCGUCAGAAGCUGGAGACUCUGCAGUUGUCUGGUCUGCCGGAGAGUUUCAGAGUCCCUUAUGAUCCUGGAGUUAGAGCUGGGGUUCUGCUGAUUGAGCAGUGUAAAGUGAUGGCAUCUAAGAAGAAGCCACUGUGGCUGCAGUUUAAAAGGGCUGACCCCACCACUCUGUCCAAAGACCCCAUUGGCAUCAUCUUUAAAGAUGGUGAUGACCUCAGACAGGAUAUGCUCAUCCUGCAGAUUCUGCUGAUCAUGGAAUCAAUCUGGGAGACUGAGUCAUUAGAUCUCUGUCUGUUACCAUAUGGCUGCAUCUCCACAGGAAAUAGAAUAGGUAUGAUUGAGAUUGUGAAGGAUGCCACCACCAUUGCUAACAUUCAGCAAAGUGUUGUGGGAAGCACCGGAGCUUUUAAAGAUGAAAUCCUGUAUCAGUGGCUGCGGGACAAGUGUGUCAGUGAAGACAAGUUCCAACAGGCUGUAGAGAGGUUUCUGUACUCCUGUGGUGGCUACUGUGUGGCUACAUAUGUCCUGGGCAUUGGAGAUCGCCACAAUGACAACAUCAUGAUCACUGAAUCUGGGAAUCUCUUCCACAUUGACUUUGGUCACAUCCUGGGGAAUUAUAAGAGCUUCAUGGGAAUCAGUAAGGAGUGGGUCCCCUUUGUGCUCACACCAGACUUCCUGUAUGUCAUGGGAACAUCAGGAAAGAAAAGUAGCCCCCACUUCCAGAAAUUCCAGGACGUCUGUGUGAAGGCUUACCUUGCCCUUCGGCACCACACCAAUCUGCUCAUUAUCCUCUUCUCCAUGAUGCUGAUGACUGGCAUGCCUCAGCUGACUAGUAAAGAGGAUAUUGAGUACAUCCGUGAGGCGCUGACGGUUGGCCGCAGUGAGGAUGAUGCACAACGCCACUUACUGGACCAGAUAGAGAUAUGCAGGGAGAAAGGCUGGAUGGUUCAGAUCAACUGGUUUGUUCAUCUGGUGCUGGGGAUCAAGCAGGGAGUGGAGAAACGGUCCACUUAAUACUAGUCAGGAGAAGUUCCGAUUUUAAGUUUUCCCUCUUAAGAUCUUUCCUUUUAUAUUUGAUGUAUGCAAGAGUCCAACAUGAAGGUUUCUGCAGAAGACUCAAAGUCUGGAAAUCCCAGCCUGCCUGCCAACACAGGGUUUGUAUUUAGACCACUGGUUAUUUCACAUAUGAAGACAAUUUUAUGAAGAAUAAUGAGAUCAGGUGAAUAACUAACAACAGAUGAGAUGUGACUGAAUCACAUCAAACCAUUAAUUUAAACUCUGGAAAACAACUCAAACUUUAAAACCAAACCACACUGGAUCUGCAAGAGUGAGUGAAGUUGAGAAAAUGUGUAAGUGAAUAAAAUUCAUCUAGACUUUAACCUGUGACACUGCAUGUACACUGCUUAGACCAAGUCAAAACAUUUACAGCAAUCUUCCAAAAUAACUAUAAGAUUCUUUUUCCUUCACCUAAAUCAGCUUCAGUAUAACAAUCACAAGCCUUUGCCCUGUGACAGACGUACUUCUAUUAUCACUAUUUCCAAAGUCUUGUAAAACCCACAAAAGAAGGUUUUCAUUCAGUGUCCUUUUCUAAUGAGACUUUUUUUUCACGUUCUUCAUGUUAUUAGAUUUUGAAAACAUGUUAGAAGUCUCACUGUUUACUGAAUUCUAACUGAAGUCGUACCACAUUCAAUAUUAAAAGAUCAGUUUGUUAAAUGGUUAGCAAAAUGUUCAAUAUUCCAAACAUUUGGUUUUACUGAAUAAUAUACAAGACAUUACUAAAUUUGUAGUGUGCUGAGAUUGAAACUAUGGUAAUAAUUGAGUAUUUAGGAUGAGAGUUUUAUUAUUUUUACAUUGUUAUUUAUUUGCACUGAUGGUCAAGGAAUAUUUCUUAGAUGUCUUUAAAAACUCGGUGCUCAUGAAGUUUAAAUUUCAAAAAUGUGUUUUAAAAAUCUGACUUAAUUAUGCUAAUUCAUACAGUAACUACUGUUAAAGGCAGUUAAAGGCUGCAUAUCUGUGACAUCAUAGUGCUGCUGUGGCCUGUUUGUGACAUUUAGUACAUGCUGUUCAGUGCUGUAGACACUUCUGAGAGAAUAUUGGAACAUUUAUGAUUGUUGUUGUUGUCUGCUGCUUGAUUAUUUGGAAUAUUUGAUUUACAUAACCAAUACAGUGAGCCUGUCUGUUCUGUUUAAGACCCUAUAUUAAAAUUUCUAUGUAAGCUC